CAUCGGUCGUCAACAAAGCUCUGUGCUGUACCGGCACUACAGCGAAGCGGGCGACAUUUCGACGCCCAGCCAUGCAACAAGGCAGCAUCCACACAUCAAGCAGAGUAGCCAGGAGAGAGCAUGCAUCAGCAUCAUGCAGGCCGUCACCGGCUGACGGCGAUGCUGGCCGGCGCUGCGGAGUCGUUCGACCGGCUGACUGUCUCCUUGUCGCCGGCGGUGGUCGCCUUCCUGCGGCGGCUGCUCCGGGCGUGGAGCGCGCUCUCCGUGCCGCUGCUCAGAGGCGCCGUGAUGCUGUGCAUGGGCAUGUCGCUCAUGGUGCUCGCCGAGAAGGUCCUCCUCGGCACGGUCAGCGCCGCUGCCAAUGUGCUCCGCCGGCGGCAGAGACGGCCGGCGACGCACGACGUCCCCGUCCAACCUGACGUCGAGGCUGGUGGAGGCUCCUCGGCCUGCUUCUUCCCCAUGGUGCUCGUCCAGAUCCCCAUGUACAAUGAGAGAGAGGUGUACCAGCUAUCGAUCGGGGCGGCCUGCAGGCUCACGUGGCCGGCAGACCGAUUAAUUGUGCAGGUCCUGGACGACUCCACCGACGCCGCCAUCAAGGUGCAUGCCCCGACGUUCUUCUCGUUCGAUCCACCACCAACCUCUCGCAUCGACUUGCAAGUUGCUUGCCAUUGCAAUGCAGGCAUUGAAGUUUACGUAGCUACAUGCAAAUGCAAAACACAGGAGCUGGUGAGGGAGGAGUGCUCGCGGUGGGCCAGCGGCGGCGUGGACGUGAGGUACGAGGCCCGGAAGGACAACGCCGGCCACAAGGCCGGCAACCUCACCGAGGGGAUGCGCCACGCCUACGCCCGCCGCUGCGAGUUCGUCGCCAUCUUCGACGCCGAAUUCCAGCCCUCGUCGGACUUCCUCGCCCGCACCGUGCCGCUCCUCGUCCGCGACCCCGGCAUCGCGCUCGUCCAGGCGCGCUGGGAGUUCGACGAGUGUAUGCUGACGAGGAUGCAAGAGAUGUCCAUGGAUUACCAUUUCAAGGUGGAGCAGCAAGCUGGGUCCUCACUCUGCAGCUUCUUCGGAUAUAACGGAAGCGCCGGAGUAUGGAGAAGAGAAGCCAUCGAGGAAUCGGGUGGGUGGGAUGACCGGACCACGGCGGAAGACAUGGACCUGGCGCUCCGAGCAGCGCUCCUCGGCUGGGAAUUUGUCUACGUCGGCGACAUCAAGGUGAAGAGCGAGCUGCCGAGCUCUGUGAGGGCGUACCGGUCCCAGCAGCACCGGUGGUCGUGCGGGCCGGCGCUCCUGUUCAAGAAGAUGCUCCGGGAGAUCCUCGCCGCCGAGCGAGUUUCUGCGUGGAAGAAGCUCUACAUCGUGUACAACUUCUUCGUGACCCGGAGGGUGGUGUCGACCUUCUUCACCUUCUUCUUCUUCAGCGUGCUGCUGCCGGCGAAGGCGCUGUUCCCGCAGGUCCGCAUCCCGGCGUGGCAGAUGGUGUGCGUCCCGACGGCGACGACGCUGCUCAACUCGGCGGGCACGCCGUGGCGCCGGUCGGCGCACCUGGUGGUGCCGUGGAUCGCGUUCGAGAACGCCAUGGCGCUGCACCGGUUCAAGGCCAUCCUCAUCGGGCUCUUCGAGGCCGGCCGGGCCAACGAGUGGAUCGUCACCCGCAAGUCCGGGAACAGCAGACCGACGCCGCCGGGCCUGAAACGGCGGCGCGAGCUCCAUUGGCUGGAGCUGCUGGUCGGCGCGCUUCUUCUGGCGUCCGGGUGCUACGACUGCGUGCACGGGCACGGCUAUUUCUACCUGUUCGCGCUGCCCCAGUCCAUGAUGUACUUUGCCAUUGGGUUCGAUCUCUUGGGCGUCCAUCACACUUCGUAGAAUAAACGUGUUUGAUAAUCUUUAGGGGUGGCUGAAAGAAAAAUGCGCUUCAGUCAA